UCCCGAGAAGCACCGACUGCGGCGCAAACAAUACUGCAUUAGAGGGGUGUUUUUCAGACGGAAAUUAGACAAUUUCGCACUAGACAUAGGUUAAUCGGUGCUUCACAAUGUUGUAUCAACGUAUAAAACUCAGCCGUCCGUUAGAGGAAAGUAUCAUUCGAGCAGAUCUUUCACUCGAGAACAGUUCUGAAAGCAAUACAAGUGUCCUAUACAAACGAAUAAUUUCAAUCAAAAUGAAGAUAGUCGCAGUUUUCGUGAUCCUGGCAGCUUGCUGCUUGAUGGAGGUUGCUUUUGCAGCUCCCAGCCAGCAGCGAGGAAUAGAGAAGCGACACGCUCAGGAGCAAGAGCCAACCCCUUCCGAUGAGGAAAAGCCAUCGGAAGAUUCGGAAAGUGGAACUGAUGAGGAGAAACCGGAGGAAAAAGCCCCGGAAGAAGGGGACAAGGAUGAAGCUGACGAGGGUGAUGAAAACCAGGAAGGACAAGACGAGAAUUGUCACCACCAUCAUCAGCAGCAGCAUGAAGAUGGUCAGGACGAUGAAGGAGAAAAGACCGACGAUGGUGAAGGUCAGACCGAUGUCGAAGAACCAGCCAAGUCAGAUGAGUGAAUAUUUAUUAAAUACAUUUGUUAGGGACAAGUUUUGAAAAUGAGUGAUGUUUCGAAUAUUCUAUAUAAUAAACUUAGUAAUUAAUAAACGCAUAAGUUGACCGAAACAUUAAGAAGCUGAUUAUCUUCUAUGAU